AUGACCGCGUCUGCUCGUCGUUUCGGGCCUCGCAAGUCGCUUGGGCAGCACUUUUUGCAUGAUACCCGCGUGGUGCAGCGCAUUAUUGACGCUGCUGACCUGUCCCCGGAAGACACGGUUGUGGAAAUAGGUCCCGGCCGGGGCGUGCUCACCCGUCGGCUGGUCCAGCAGGCGGGGCGAGUUAUCGCCGUGGAGCUUGACUCACAACUGUGCGAGGAACUGCCGCCCCCGACUGGAAUUUCCGGAGACGCCCGGGAGGUCGAUCUGUCCGGACUGGCAUACGGAGAGGCGGGUCGAAAUCCGGCGGGAUACAAAGUCGUCGGCAACCUGCCGUAUUACGCUGCCAAUCCCAUCAUCCGCCGUACGCUGGAGUCGGAGGAGCCUCCCACUCUGGCCCUGUUCAUGGUGCAGAGGGAAGUGGCUGAGAGCAUGACGGCGGUUCCGGGCAACAUGCGGUUGCUGUCUGUGGCUACCCAGUUCUACGCCGAGGCCAGGGUGGUGUGCUCCGUGCCGCCGUCGGCCUUUCGUCCGCCGCCCAAGGUGCGUUCGUCCGUUGUGCGGCUGGACGUAAGAGCUGAACCAGCAGUCGCAGUGGAUGAUGCCAGCGGAUUUUUCGAGGUCGUAAGGGCCGGAUUCUCAGCACCACGAAAGCAGCUUCACAAUUCCCUGAGCCACGGGCUGAGGGUCGGGACAGCCCUUGGGUCCGCGGUACUGGAGCGGGCCGGCAUUGACGGACGGCGGCGCCCUGCGACCCUGGGGCUCGAGGAGUGGGCAGCGGUGUACCAGUCGUGGGUGGAAUUGCGAGAGGGGGCGGAGUGCGGUGGAGGUUGA